AUGCCGACAUGCAGGCAUGCGGACACCAACAGCAACCUGUCAAAUUCGGCUGCACCGACUUGCCCUCAGGCAUCUGUCUCUCUCGCAAAUGCAAUUGCCAUUGUACCAGACGUUUAUUGCCCUCCUAAUGAGGCCACACACAACUUUGGCGAUUCAAGAAGUGCCCCAGUCUCCGAAGGCAUGAUUGGUGCUAAGCGAUUUUGCCCGUGA